UGUAACGAAACAUUAAACAAAAAAUGCCACCAACUGUAGGUAAACUCUUUGUAAUGGAGUUGAGCCCUCCUUGUCGUGCUGUAAUGUUAACGGCAAAGGCUCUUGGGAUUGAAAUAGAGUUAGUGGAAACUAAUUUAUUCAAAGCUGCUCAGAUGCAACCGGAAUUUUUGAAGUUAAAUCCAAAUCAUACCGUACCCACAUUUUUGGACAAUGAUGGAACAUCAGUCGGUGACAGUCACGCAAUCAUGACGUAUCUUGUUUCUAAAUUUGGUAAAAACGAUGCGUUAUACCCGAAAGACCUUAAAAAACGGUCAGCGGUAGAUCAAAGAUUACAUUUUGAUUGUGGGACUGUGUAUGCUUUGCAUCUAUUUAUAGUGGGCCCUAUGUAUGGCAAAACAGCAACAGGACCUUCUGACUAUCACAAAAUGGCUGCUGAAAGAAUGUAUUCAUCGUUGAAUAGGUAUCUUGAAGGAAAUAAAUGGGUUGUAGAAGGUGAAACACCAACAAUUGCUGAUUUCUCAUUGAUUACAUCGAUCCUAUGUGUUUCGAUUGUCGCACCAUUCGAUAAACAGAAGUUUCCAAACAUUGUCAACUGGAUUAAGAGAUGUGAGGCAUUGCCGUACUUCAGUGUGAACAAAAAGGGACAAGAUGUAUAUGCGUCCAUGUUGAAUGACAUGUUGAAUAACAAACACGAUUUUUAUCUAGAAUUCAGCAAAUUUGAAUCAAAUCAUUCGACGCCUACUUUCGUGGACAAUGACGGUACUACAAUUGGCGAUAGUCAUGCAAUCAUGGCGUAUCUUGUUUCAAAAUUUGGAAAAGACGACACUUUAUAUCCGAAAAACCUUGCAAAACGAUCUAUGGUUGAUCAAAUGUUACACUUUGAUUGUGGAACUGUUUACAGUUUACAUAAAUCCAUAGUAAGACCCAUGUAUGCCAAAAUGCAAACUGGCCCUACCAAAAUGCAAAUGGAAGCUGCCGAAAAAAUGUACACGUCGUUAAACAUGUAUCUUCAGGGAAAUAACUGGGUUACCGGAAGUGAAACACCAACAAUUGCUGAUUUCUCACUGAUUACAUCGAUUUUAUGCAUUUCGAUUGUUGCACCCUUUGAUAAACAAAAGUUUCCAAAUAUUGUCAACUGGAUUAAGAGAUGUGAAACCCUGCCGUGUUUUGAGGUUAAUCAUAAAGGGCAGGAGAUUUAUGCUUCAAUGCUCAACAAUAUGUUAAAUAACAAAUACGAAUUUUUAGUGGAAUUAACUAAAUAACAUGUUGUAUAUAUGCAAAAUUGUAUAAUGAUUUAUAUAAUAGUUGUGGAUAGUAAUAGAUACACUGAUAACCUAUAAUCAAAUUUUAGUCAAAACUAGGUUAUGUUAUAACCAACUAAAGAAAUUUUUAAACACUAUGACUAUUUAUGAUCUAAUAUUCAAAUUUUUGAUUACAGAACCAAAAAUAAUAACAAAUAAAAUAUUAAAACCUAUAAUAAA